CACCCUUUCCACCACACAGCUCUAUCUAUAUAAAUUCAAUGCAGCACCUCCACUUAACAACUUGCUUAUCACACUGACAAGUAUUCAAGCUGAAUAUGGAGCACUUUAUUAGGACUGCCUUUUGGAUUGUUACUCUUGCUGGCUGUCUUCUAGCAAACCCUGUACCCAAAUUUGACUUUGAUGACUUGAGAAUCCAUUUAAUCCAGGAAUCUGUUGAAUGUCCAGACGAUUCAACAUUCUAUGCUCCAAAAAAUGUGGAGGAUACAUGCUUUACUCAAGCACUGGACUGCUUUAUGGCAGAACUUAACGGAACAAUGACAGAGGAAUGUGGUGACAAAGACGGAUACAUAGAGGCGACUGUCGAUGUCUUGAAAAUGGUGAUCGAUCAACGAUUGAACGAUGGCUUUGCACUGAAUAACUCCAGCAGAUGUGCCUGUGAGAACUCGCCUACAAUUCCUAUCAGUGGCUUUCUAGACGCACUGACAAGUUUAAUUCAGGAAAAUGAAGUCAAGAAAAAUGCUUUAGUCCAAUGAGACUGGGGCAAACUUUGUGGUGCAGUUUCCCCAUCAGCUGUCCUGAGAAACACUGAAAGAUGUCUGAAGCAGUUAUCGUACUCUGCAAAGAAAGCUCAACCAAAGUUCAUCCUAGUAUGAGAGGAAACGACAGACUUUUCCACAAUAUAUACAUGUUUUAAGAAUGAUAUGUAAUCAAGCAACAUCUCCACGCGUUGAAUGGCGUAAUCUCAGGUAUAUAUUUUUUGUGAUGCUAUGAUUCUAACACUGCUCUAAAAUAUUUGCAUUUAUAACCAUGUCAUUGCAAUAUGGAUAUAAGGCAACUAUUCAUAAUGAAUAUUUUUAUUUUUACUACAUAAUAUAAUCUUAUAUAUUCUCUCUCACUCUAUCUAUCUAUAUAGAUAGAUCUAUAAUUUAUACAAAAAAACUGCUGUGAAAUGUAUGAAGUGUGUAGUUCUCUGCCAACUGACAACGAGAAUGUAUUUGAUGUAAGCUCUUGUAAAGCUCUGAAUUUUAAUUUAUAUAUUUAUUGUUUAUUUAAUACGUUGUAUGUCAGUGCUGUAAACCUUGAAGGUAUAACUUAAUAAAUGUUAUCUUAAACA